CGGGAUCAUCAUAAUCCGUUCAGACUUCAGCCUCUCCGUCUCCAUCCAUCCUUGUAAGCUCUAAGGAAUAACUGGGUUAUCGUCCAAGUUGCUGUGUGUCGGUUAAUCUUGCUAUCCUGACGUUAGUAUUUGUUGAUAUGGCUUGCUGGUUGAACCUCCAUAGAUUAUCGGAUCUCCAUGCCUCGGGCGAUGGGAAAUACGUGCUCAUAUCUCCCCUGGACUGGAAUCCUUCAUCUCUUGAGCUGUUCUUGGAAUCCGCGAGUGCCUUCCCAGCCACUGCCUUCGUAUCAUCGACCGAUUUGAACGGCACAUCAUUCUCCAAUCUACCUUACCGCCCCGAAGAUGCCACCAUUCUUAAGCCACGACGAUGAUUCUGUAAAGGAAGGUCUCCUGGAGACAUCAUCGUUCGAUACACUUCCACGUUAUCCGCAAGUCUAUCAGGAUUUUCCAGACACAAACUUCCAUCCUACCGAACCGGAAUCCCAUACGCGUCUUCGCCGGGCAUAUCGUCGGGCUAUCUGGACGAUAUGGGCACUCGCCUUCACUUGUCUUUGCACUCUUCUGCUGCUCCUCUUUCUCUAUAUCCAAUUGUCUCAAAGGGGCCUUCACUGUCGCUCUCUUGAUCUUUUCCCUUCACUUGCAGAGGACCCGAAAGUCGUCCAGUUCGAGAAGAAAAAGCUUCCCGUGAAGCUAUCGCAUAACCCGUUUGUCGGAGACCCGUCCCCGGAGCUAGACAACGCAUGGCAUGGCCUGUUUGAUCGAGUCAAUAUCCGCGUGUCUGCGAAAGAUCUCCAGUAUGCGGAGGUCGACAGCCUGAAGCUAGCCGAUGGCAGCGGUGACUACAUCGGGCUUCUAGGAAUGCAUCAUGAACUGCAUUGCCUGAAGAAGAUCCGACACUGGAUAUACAAAGACUUCUAUUACCCAAAUCUGACAGUGGGCUCGGAAGCAUACGUGGAGAAUAAGGUGCAUGUCGACCACUGCAUCGAAAACAUCCGUGUCAGCACCAUGUGUCGGGCGGACACAAGUUUAAACACCUUUGCUUGGAUGGAUGUUAGUAAGGGGUGGGUUACUGCCGCGGAGGAUACAGGGUAUCACUCAUGUGCCAAUAUGGACAACCUGAUGGGGUGGGUGAAGGAGCGAUCGUUAGACCUGCUGGAACCAAACCUACUUCUGCAGCCUGGGGAGAACUGAGAGUCCAAAUUCUUGCUUGGGCUUGCAUGUAUGACUGGCGUUGGCAUUGGAUCACUGUACGCAGAGUGCGUAUGAUUUAGAUUUAUCGUUUGAAGGAAUAGCUUCGUGGACGUUUAUUUCCAACGAAUGUGCGAUUCUGUUCUCCU